AUGUCCAAUACGCCCGACAAAAGUUGUGGGAAAUGUACCAAAAAACAGGUUCGUGGGCAAAACAGAAUCCAAACGGUGAAGAUUCAGGCCGCUAGCACGCCAAAACGGUCUACGGAGAAAAGCGAAACCAUUCGUGGCGGCGGCAACGUUGCCGCCGCCGAUCGAUUCAUUCCGAAAAAAGCGUCACAACAGGCCUAUAGAGCCAUGGAACGGCUCAAGACCAUUGAUUUCGAAACCUGCCAACUCUCGGAACAAUCGCUGUCGCCCACGCAUCUGAGCUCACCGGACUUUUUCGUCAGUCUGCGGUCUACCCGGCAUUACAACUCCAUCACGGCGACAGCAGCGCCGGAGACUCCAGACACAAGUUCCAAGCAAGCCGAGGAUUGUCCGUCUCGCCAAAAAAUCCAUAGGUGUUACAUUGCAGACGCUUUGGGGUUUCAAUCGGCCGGAAGAGUGUACCAGUUUUCACCUUCUGUGUCUCGCAAACUACAAAACGCACCGACAGCGGGAACAGAGGGUCAGAUGCGCGAAAUCGCGCUCAAUCAUCUCACAAUUGACCCUUUAGUGUCUUUACUUCCACCACGACAAGCCGCUGCCUAUUUGACGUCCCAGGCAUUUUCAGGCAGUCUUGGCACACGGAGCAUGGUUCCAGUCAAUGCGCGACUUGCCAGACGUCCCAAAUCGCAUGCGCCAUACCGCGUUCUGGAUGCACCGUCGUUGCGAAACGACUUUUAUUCAAAUCUGGUUUCGUGGUCUCCAAUAACCCACAGCAUUGUCGUUGGACUGGGCAGCGCUGUUUACAUUUGGUCCGACACGAGAGGUGCCAUCAACGUUUUGCAUUAUUCGUAUUUGCAUUCUCGCAACGAUUUAGUCACCUGUGUUUCAUUUUCGCCCUAUGAUGAGCUUUUAGUCGUGGGCACUAAACAGGGACGCUUGAUGUUGUUCGAUCAACAGCUUGAUAUCAAUGCCACCGGCGCCACGUCAAAGCCUUUGUGCUUCUCUGGUGACAAAACCAUCAAAGGUAUCUGCUGCAUCGAAUGGUUUGAAAUCGGGGACAAGAGUGCGCUGCUGGUCGGUGGAGAGACAGGUGAUGUCCAUGUGGUUGAGGUUCAACCCAAUUUUGAAGACACCGGCGUCAGAGCUGGCGCCAGCACUGGCGCAAACACCGAUGGUUCCGCGUACAGGACAGGAAGACCCUCAGGUCUUGACGGAUUGAAUUCCGGAUACAGCCAUGGGAAUGACUACGAUCGCAGCCAAGAUUUGGAACCGGAAGAAUCAUUUCCUAGUGAGGUUGAAGCCUCGACAGAGUCAGUCAACUAUAAAAGAAAUACGGGCGGCGUGAUAAUAAAGUGGACAUUAGCUACAAUAUCCAGGUUCAAAGCCCAGACUCAACAAGUGUGCGGACUUUCCCUGAAUGAACAAACGCGUCAGCUAGCAAUUGGUGGGAACGAUAAUACAUGUACCAUUUGGGACAUUCAAAAUCUGUGUUCACCGGUUUUACAGUUUGUCUUGCCGCACAAAGCGGCUGUCAAAGCCGUGGCGUUCUGUCCUUGGUCCAAAUCACUUCUGGCUACCGGAGGCGGCAGUAAGGAUCGUACCAUGCGGUUUUGGCACACACAAUCCGGCACUUUACUACAAGAAAUUAAAGCUCCAGGUCAAAUUACGUCUCUCAUAUGGUCCGUGACCCACGCUCAAAUUGUCGCUACGUUUGGAUUUGGGGACAUUGAAAAGCCAGCUUUGAUUACAGUGUACACCUACCCUUCGCUAGAACCCGUAAUGGAAGUACGUUCGGCGACCGCGUUGCGAGUUCUGAGUGCAGUAUCAUCGCCAGAUUUCAGUUCCAUUUGCGUGGCCACUAAUGACGAAACCAUUCGGUUCUAUAAAUUAUGGGGUUCUGCCAAAUCUAGAAUACAAGAAGCACACCGUAAGGGCAUUUAUGGCAGCGAUUUGAUAGAGUUUCACGAGGGAAUUCACGACAGCGACAGCAUCAUAAGAUGA